AUGAUGGAAGGGGUGGACUUUGCAGCCUCGUUAAGGAGUGUGCUUGGUGUUUUCAAGACUGACCAAAAUCUGCGUGAGAAUUCUGUUGAGGUACUCAGGCGAAUUGGCGUUGUGCAUGUUCGAAGGUCUCACAUCAAGCUUGUAAUCGGGUCCAAAAUAUUCGUAGUAGUCGUUGAAAGGAAGAUCGGAAUCCAAAAGAGUCUCGUUGAGCAAACCAGCCUCGAAUGCCCAAGUUCUGGCAACGUUUCUCAUGGUGUACCCUCCACCUCCAAGAACCAUGGUUGGCACGUUAAAGCGUUUCACAAAGCUCACACAGUUAGCGUGUCCGCGCAUAGACAAGUUGAAACAUCCAAGUUUGUCACCGGAAAGCGAGUCACCUCCACAUUGAAGAACAACGGCAGAUGGCUGAUACCAGUCCAUAAUUUUCUGGAUCACCGGCUCAAAGAUCGACUUGUACGAAAUAUCGUCAACUCCGUCUCUCAGAGGCACGUUGACGGCAUAGUAUUUUCCCUUGCCAACACCAAUAUCUCUGAGCUCACCUGUACCAGGGAAAAAUUCUCCGUACUUGUGGAACGAGCAGGUCAUCACACGAUCUGUGGUAUAGAAGGCCUCUUCGACACCGUCACCAUGGUGCACAUCGGUAUCGAUGUACAAGACACGUGGAUGGUAUCUCAAAAGCUCGAUGAUUCCCAAAACAAUGUCAUUGACAUAACAAAACCCAGAGGCCUCGGCUUUUUUAGCAUGGUGCAAACCUCCGGCGUAAUUGAUGGCGAUAUCGCAUUUUCCUCUGUUGAGUCUGGCGGCACCUUCCAUGGAUCCUCCUCCAGAAAUACCACAGUACUCAAACAAACCAUCAAACACAGGACUGUCGUCUCCAACGUUGAACUUGGCCUGCUCUUUGGAAAACAUCUCCAGGUCGUCAAAUGGUUUGAGCUCAAACACCAUUGGGAACACAAGUAA